AUGUCUGCCAAUUGGGCUUACACAGCGUGCAGACCAUUUGUACGACAGGCCCUCCUAGCAGCGCAGCUUCGGGGCAAGCGCGAGGUGCCGGAUCCGGUUCUGGGAUCUCGAUCGAAGGUGAAGGCCAGCGGCUCACAGCAGGUCCAACGAUCCAGGUGUCAAGCCAACUACGGCCGCAGGUCCCAGGUGGUCGUGAGCGCCUUCGAGAACGAGCUCGGAGUGCAAGACCCUGUUGGAUUUUGGGAUCCCGCUGGGUUCACCGCAGACGGCAGUGUGGAGAACUUCAAGCGCCGACGCCAGACCGAGCUGAAGCACGGAAGGAUUUCCAUGCUCGCGACAAUGGGAUACAUUACACCAGAGAUCACGGGCAAGUUCCCUGGGUAUCUUUCGCCAAGCGCUGGUCUUAAAUUUGCGGACGUCCCCAACGGCCUUGCCGCGAUUUCCAAGGUUCCUGCCGCAGGUUGGGGUCAGAUUCUUGCCUACAUGGCAUUCUGCGAGGUUUCUCAGGACCAGUCUCCCGGCACCCCAGCCGCAGCGGGCGACUUCGGCUUCAAGGUCUUGACGUCCAGCGACCCUGCUGAGAAGACGAAAAAGUUGUCGGCCGAGCUGGCAAACGGACGCCUCGCGAUGAUGGCUAUCAUUGGCAUGUUCUUCCAGGACGGUCUGACCGGAAGCGCGUGGGGAGACUGGGCCAACUACACCGCCUCGCCUCUGCGUGCUUUCGAGAAUGAGCUCGGAGUGCAAGACCCAGUUGGAUUUUGGGAUCCCGCUGGGUUCACCGCAGAUGGCAGCGUGGAGAACUUCAAGCGCCGCCGCCAGACCGAGCUGAAGCACGGAAGAAUUUCCAUGCUC